AUGGCCCUGGAUACGGAGCAACAAUCUUCCGCUCGCGGUCCAGCCCAGCCCAGCUUCGUGUUUCGUGGACAUACCGCCCAGAUUCACAGCGCUCACAUCGUAUGCCGCAACACAUGUCUAGUCACGGGCGAUGCAGACGGCUGGGUGGUCCUCUGGAAACUGGAGACCAAACGGGCCUUGGCUGUUUGGAAAGCUCACGAUGGCGCUAUCCUUGAAACUUCAAUGUGGGGGAGCGACAGGUUCAUCACGCAUGGACGCGACCACAGCUUGAGAAUAUGGCAGCUCGAUCCCUCCAACACUGCCACCUUUUCCAAAGCUCUCCCUGCAGAAGGUGCCGAUAUAGACAGACCCAAACCAUGGCUCUUGCAUUCUCUCCCAGUCAAUACAUUGAACUUCUGCGCCUUUUCAGUGUAUCAUGAUAGACAUGUGUCCCAAGACUCCCAUCCCGAGCAGUCCCAUGCAUCAGCAAGCUCUGUCCUUGUCGCUGUACCGGCAAGAGAUGACAAGAAAGUCGAGGUCUAUCAGUUCCCACAGGAAAAGCUGGUUUGUGUUGUGCCGAAAGUCGAGUCAAGGGAUACUGGCAUGGUAAUGGCAGUCAAACUCGUGCAUCAUUCUCUAUCGAACAACAUUCUCAUCGCCGUUGGUUAUGAGGGGGGAUUCAUAUCUGUGUAUACGACUCCGCACCCUCCACCGCAAGACCCACAAGCACCGCGGAAUCCAAUUCAGAUUGCCCAACUUGUGUAUCUCAGUCAACCUCAUUCUCAACCCAUACUUUCCCUCGAUGCGCUACCGCAGGACGAGACCACGUUCUUUACAUCUUCUGCCGACGCCAUAAUUGCUACACAUACAAUCAAGGACCUACCUAUCAAUGAUGCUCCUGCAAUUCAGUGGAUGGACCAGGGAGGUGCGGGAGCAGAAGAUGUUUUCAAAAAAACAGCAAAUCCCAACCAGAAAAAUGAUAUAACCUCCUCUACGCACGAUGAUAUAGAGCCUCGAGUUUCCGCAGUAUCGGACUCGGAUAGCAAUACCACAAGCCGUGUGGUUCAAGAUCAAGCUUCAUCCUUAGUACAGCCUGCAUCGACCUCCUUGUUAGAUUUCACAAAGAAAACUGUGCCACCAAGCGCAAACAACACCACAGCCACUGCUACUUCCACAAAACAAGGAGGUCUGUCAUCGCUAUUUUCCAAUGCAGCAGAGCCUCAACCUCGGUCCAAACCACCACAACCAUCACCCCCGAAACCCGUCAUUCCUCAACCACCACACAAAUUCACCAAUACUAAACACGCCGGGCAGCAAUCACUGCGCGUGAGGUCUGACGGCCGCCUCCUAGUGACAGGCGGAUGGGACAAAAGAGUACGGAUAUACAGCACCAAGACCCUGAAAGAAGUGGCAGUGCUAAAGUGGCAUGCCGAAGGCGUAUACGCGGUGGACUUUGGAGAAAUAAUGAACAUGGAAGAUGUCGCGGCUGGCAAUGCCAAGGAUGAGCAAGAGCAUGCUGAAGGUGGGGAUGAAGUGGCAAAGAGGGAGACAGGAUUGGGCAGGCUGCAGCGACAGCGGGAGGAGCGCAUGCAGGUCAAGCAUUGGGUGGUAUCUGGGGCUAAAGAUGGGAAAGUGAGCUUAUGGGAGGUAUUCUGA